AUGUAUGCUUUGAUCAUCGUCGGCUUAGCUGUUGAUAUAAAAGGACAUAAUGGUAUUGCAGCAGCGAAGGAGCCAUCACCGCAGCCUCUUGGAUACGUCUAUCCCGGAGCCCCUGAGCCGGAGAGGCCAUCUCUGCCGUCUCCAUAUACGGGUGUCGGAGGUGUAGGCCUAAAAAGUGCCAUACAAAUGUCAAAACAGCAGUCGACUUUACCGCAGCAACAGCAGCUACCACAGUUCUCGUUUUCUGACGCUUUGCAAAGCAGUUCCUGGAAGCCCAGCCCGUUUGCACAAAGUGGUUUCGGUCGUGGUUCGAAUCCAUCCAGCACCUCGGUUUUUGGUGGAAAUGUCAGUUUUGAUGAAGAAAGGCGCUUCGAAGCUUCGCUGCCUAGCGGCAAAUCGUACAGUAGUUUUCCUUCAUCUUCAUCGAAUCCAGCUAGCGGUAUGUUUAUGACACCACAAGCGAAGGAACGGGAAAAUCCGCGUCAAAAUCCGGAUAUGUCUAGCGUUUUGUCGCAGUUACCGAAGAGUUUUUGGGGUAAGUCAUUAUUUUUUCCUGAUAAAAAAUACUGUUUUGGUUCAGUUUCCAGAUUUAUGAAUGGGUGUGGUCACUAA